AUGUCAGAAAUAAGUGAAAUAUUAGAUUUCAUAGUCUCAGAAUUAUCUAUACGGAUGCUACGCUCGGCAGAAAGUAAAAAUGAUGAAAACAUUGAAGCGUUUAUUCUAUGGCAAUCGGCGAUGCUUAGUAAAAUACUACAAGUAACACUGGAUGAAAAAACAUACUUCAAAACACCAAAUUAUAUGUUUUUAUCUGUUCUUCGACAAGAACUGAUCGAUGAGCUUCAGGAACCGGUUAUAUGUAUUGAUACACUUGACCGGGUUAUUCUUACAAGGCUUUCUAUACCAUCGCCAUGUCGGCCGUUUGAUUAUUUAGUUGCAUGUUGGAAACGUUCUGUUGCAAUAGAGAAAAUGAUACGUAAAUCGGCAGAUGUGGAGGCUAAGAUGGGUGUAAUUGAAGAGGCUAAACGUCUUUUUGUGAGUUAUUCGGGUCUGUCAAUCACGUUUCCAGAGAUGUUUGAGCUUCAACAACCACCGGUUGACUUUGCAACUAAGCUUCUUGAGGAACUAGAUACAAGCGAUGGGAUUCCAUUUAAUUUUAUUAAAGCGUUAGUUUAUCAAUUCGACAAAGAAGGAACAUUAGCAGAUUUGUUUGGCGAAACGGUUAUCGAGUUAAGCAAUCGUCUUUCUCAAAAAACUAUUCUAGAUAAUUAUCAGCCAUACAUUAAAGUAUUCAAUCAGCUUGUAACACUUAAACCAUUUGCAUUAAUGGUUACACAUUUACCUAGAUGGUUGCCGGAAAAUAGUACAGCUGCUGAUAUUGAAUAUACUUCUAUUUUGGGUCCAUAUUUUCGUCUUACGCCUAUACAAGCUAAAAUAUCUGAAUUAUAUUUUUCUAAUGCAUCACAGCGUUUCCAAACUGAUGUAUUAGGGUCCAUAAAUAGUUUAAGGCUUACUAUGCGAGCGUUGCAAAAUCAAUUGUUUUAUAUUGUAAAUACAAUUAUAAGAACGUCUGCUGAAUGUAAAGAGAAGAUGCUUGAAUAUUUUGCAAGAGUUUUGGAGCUAAAUAAAAGAAGGAAAGCUCUUCAUGUUGAUCCUAAAACAAUUAGUACAGAUGGAUAUAUUGUUAACAUUAUUAAUAUUAUAAAUACUUUUUCUGAACCAUUUAUUGAUGUGAGCUAUAUGAAGAUUGAUAAAAUCGAUAUUAAUUAUUUCAAAAAAAGACCAAGAAUUGAUAUUAUGAAGGAAACGAAAUUAAAUGCAGAUGAAAAAAUGUCAGAAAUAUUUUAUAAAGAUAGAAUCGAUGAUCCGCCUAAUUUUAUAUCAGAAAUUUUUUUCUUAAAUGUUGCUUACCAUUAUUAUGGUCUUAGUACUGCAAUGCACAAUCAUGAACAUCUUAUGAAAAUGAUUAACGAUUUACAAAAACAAUAUGAUAUUUUAGAAUCUCAAAAAUCUGAAUGGACUAAAACUACACAUGCUUCUAUUUUAAACUCGAAUAUGAAACAACUUUAUCUUCAAAUAGAUAAAACAAAAGGGCAUUCUUAUUGUUUUGAUGCAAUUCUUUUAGAUAACGUUUUACAAUCAAAAUCAUUUUCUUUUUUAUGUUUGCUUGCAUCAUGGCUUUUAAGACUUGUCGAUCCAAAACAUCAGCAUCCACAAAGUAUAAUAACACUUCCUUUACCUCAAGAUGUUAAUGAUCAUAUGCGAAAUCUUCCAGAAUACUUUGUAGAAGAAAUAGCAGAUUUCUUUUUAUAUACAUCAAAAUAUAAUCCUGAAUUAAUCAUCUCUAAUUCGGCUAUUGAGCUCGUUAUAUUUAUAAUUACUUUUCUUAAAAGCUCAUCUUAUAUCAAAAAUCCUUAUCUUAAAGCAAAAUUGGCAGAAAUAUUAUUUUACGGAACUUUAAAGCAACAUAAUUAUCCUUACGGAAUUUUAGGAGAUAUACUUAAUUCUAAUGCAUUUUCAUUGCAUCAUCUUUUACCUGCAUUAAUGUCAUUUUAUGUCGAGGUUGAAUCAACUGGAUUAUCCUCUCAAUUUUAUGAUAAAUUUAAUAUAAGAUAUCAGAUAUCGCAAGUUUUUAAAGCUAUUUGGGAAAAUCCUGGCCAUCGUGAAAAACUUUUGUUAGAAAGUCGAAAUAAUUUUAAAUUCUUUGUUAAAUUUGUUGCUCUUUUGCUUAAUGAUUCAACAUAUUUGCUUGAUGAAGCUCUUUCAAAACUUUUAGAAAUACAUAAUCUUCAAUUAGAACUAGAUAAUGUUUCAGAAAAUAUAUCUUUUAAUAAUGAACGACAAGACAAGCGUCAUUAUUUAAUUCAAUUAGAAAAAUAUGCAACAACGUAUAUGUCAUUAGCCAUUGAAACAAUUGAAUUAUUAAAAAGAUUUACCGCUAGCAUACCGGAUGCUUUUUGUUGUCCAGAAGUUGUUGAUCGUUUAGCUGCUAUGCUUGAUUAUAACAUUAAUGCACUAGUUGGGCCUAAGUGCUCUAAAUUAAAAGUACGAAAUCCGGAAAAAUAUCGAUUUGAACCAAAAUCACUUCUUUCUAACAUUGCUGAUAUAUAUCUUAAUUUGCGUUCAAAAAAGUCUUUUGUUGCUGCAAUAGCAAAAGAUGGUCGUUCAUACAAAAAAGAUUUAUUUUUUCGUGCUACUCAAAUUUUUAAAAAAUAUUCUACAAAACCUAUGGACGAUAUUGAUAAUCUGUUAGCUUUAAUAGAUGAAGUAGAAGAAGUGAAGAAAAAAGAAGAAGAUAAUGAAGAGUUUGGUGAAAUUCCUGAAGAAUUUUUAGAUCCUAUUAUGGCUUGUUUAAUGACAGACCCAGUAAUACUACCGAGCAGCCGUGUUACGGUUGAUAUGGCAACUAUUAAAAGUCAUUUGUUAAGUGAAGAGAAUGAUCCAUUUAAUAGAUCUCCAUUAAAGUUGGAAGACUUAAUACCAAAUCACGAAUUAAAAGCUAGGCUUGAAGCCUUUAAAGCUGAAAGAAUGGCAAAAAAAAAAUCAGAAGCUAAUAAGAAUGAUUUUCAUUAA